CCGCCGAGAACACGGUGUUUGUUUGGAGGGGGAGAGGAAGUGGGUUGGUCGUCCGGGAAUUUUAAAUCUUGGCAGUCGGUAGGAUUUUGUUUCUGGCAAGAGCUGGAUGCUCUAGUUUGGUGUGAUUCUGGUUGUUGAGCUUUUUCUCUCCCUCUGGUACCUAAAGGAGAAACUCUUGCAUCUCAACAUGGCUGUGGAUGAUUAUGAGGAGCUUCUUAAGUAUUAUGAAAUACACGAAACUGUUGGUACAGGAGGCUUUGCGAAGGUUAAACUGGCUCGUCACCUGCUUACCGGAGAACAAGUUGCGAUAAAAAUAAUGGACAAGCUGGCCCUUGGGGAUGACUUGCCUCGCAUCAAAACGGAAAUUGAAGCUAUGAAGAGCUUAAGCCACCAGAACAUAUGUCGGUUAUAUCACGUGAUUGAGACACCAAAGAAGAUAUUUAUGGUUCUAGAGUACUGCCCUGGAGGAGAGCUGUUUGACUAUAUAAUUGCCAAGGAUCGCUUAGCUGAAGAGGAAGCACGUAUAUUUUUUCGCCAAAUUGUAGCUGCAAUUGCAUACGUACACAGUCAGGGGUACGCUCACAGGGAUCUUAAACCGGAGAACUUGCUAAUUGAUGCUGAGCAUAACCUGAAGCUGAUAGACUUUGGUCUCUGUGCAAAACCAUUGGGUGGUCUGGAUUACCAUCUAAGCACUUGUUGUGGAAGUCCAGCCUAUGCAGCGCCGGAGCUGAUUCAGGGCAAAGCUUACAUUGGCUCAGAGGCUGAUAUUUGGAGCAUGGGAGUUCUCUUGUAUGCUCUCCUCUGUGGAUUUCUACCAUUUGAUGAUGAUAAUGUUAUGGUGCUCUACAAGAAAAUAGUGAGGGGGAAAUAUGAGACUCCAAAAUGGCUCUUGCCUGGCAGUGUACUGCUUCUACACCAAAUGCUGCAGGUGGACCCAAAGAAACGGAUCAUGGUUAAACAUCUCUUAAAUCACCCAUGGCUCAUGCACGGCUAUUCAUUUGCUGUCCAAUGGCAAAGUAAAUACCCUCUUGGGCGUCUUGAUGAAGACUGUAUUACAGAACUCUCAGUGCAUCACAAAUGUAGCAGAGAAAGUAUGGCAGAUGUAAUUUCAGAGUGGAAAUAUGAUCAUGUGUCUGCAACAUACCUCUUGCUUCAGUCCAAGAAGGCUCGUGGUAAGCCUGUCCGUCUGAGGAUUCCAAAUGUAACAGCAGAAGGUGCUAGCAUCACUCCAUCCAGGGAGCAGAAGUUUUUCAAAAAGGCCUUAUCUUAUGAAGGCGAUCUAGAAAUGACAUGUGGGUUUGGAUCCAUGGAAUUUCUAGCUUCUUAUGGAGAAUCUCAGCCUGUAUUCUGCAAUACACCCACAACAAAGCAGCCUCAAUUGUUCUUGGAUGGAGAAGAGUUCACAUCACCUCUGCUUCCUGUGCAAAGGAAAGGAGCAUCAAAGAAACAGGCCAACAAAGAGAACUCUGGUGCAAAGCCAGAGCCCUUUGUGCUGCUUCCUCCUCCAAAUACACCACCUUGGGCCGUGAAUGAGAAGAGACUGCUGACCACACCAAAUCGUGCACUUCCACCUGAAGAGACAAGUCAAGCAGCCCCCAGUGAGACCCCAGUUAAGCUACCGCCUCCUACAAGACUGUGUGAAUUGGCAGCCGGAGUCAUUAGCCCUGAGAGAAGGUGUCGCUCAGUGGAAGUGGACUUGAACCAUUUGGAAAGUGGUCAAAAGAAGAAAGGGACAAAAAUGUUUGGGAGCCUUGAGAGAGGCUUGGAUAAAGUUAUUACAAUGCUUACACCAAACAAAAAGAAAGGAUCAGCCAAAGAAGGUCCGAGGAAGUUAAAGGCUCAUUACAAUGUGACCACCACAAACUUAUUAAAUCCUGAUGAGCUGCUGAAGGAAAUAAUUGCAGUCCUUCCAAAAAAACAAGUCGAAUAUGUACAGAAGGGCUAUAAACUGAAAUGUCAAACCCAGUCAGACUUUGGCAAAGUGACAAUGCAGUUUGAGCUGGAAGUCUGCCAGCUGAGCAAACCUGAAGCAGUGGGCAUUAGGAGGCAGCGGUUGAAGGGCGAUGCUUGGGUCUACAAAAGACUAGUGGAAGAUAUCCUGUGUAGCUGCAAGCUAUAGCUCUUGGCUCAUUGUGAGAACACAGACAGUCUUAACUAUGGACCGUUUUAACUAACCUAAGCCAUGUUCAUUUUAGCUGUUGGUAAGCUCACCUAAUCUAUUCCAAGAAUGAGUAUUUUUAUUUUUAAAUAGGAACUCCUUUGUGAAUAAAUAUAACCUACUCUGCCGUUAUCUGGCCUUGUUUCUUUUUUUAAUCAUUAAAAUGUACAUUAGUUAUUUCUUGGAUAACGUUGAAUUGUGACUUGGGAAAUGCAACUUCUCAAACAGUUUUGUGAACAGCAUGCUGCCUUUCAUUUAGAAAGAGGUAAUGUGUUCUGAUUCAGUUUUAUCAGUUAACAGAAAAUGGAAGAAUGAAAUUCAAGCUGUACUUACUGAAAUGGUUAAACAAGACCACAGCUAUGUUUCAGAAUUAACUUUGCUUUUUGUUAUCUUUAAUAAACCUGUAACAUUAUG